AGGGUUGUGGUAGGGGCGGGGGGGCAGCUGUCCCAAGCUGUCACUCUGACACACAAACAGCCCAGGAGUGUUGGGGACACGCUGCCCUCGCUGCUUCCACCUGUCAGAACUCUUUCUGGAAAGCUGAUUGCCUAAAGCACCAAACCCAGGAAAACGAUCUGUAAAUCCGCGUGGUGUCCAACUGCGUGUCUUCAGAUCGUGCGGACCACUCCCGCAAGGAAGCGACCCAACUGAUUCCCCCUCCCCUUUGCUGACCUAAGCUGCACGAAAGCAGUCUGACCUUCAUCACAACAUGGCCCAGUAUGACCAACUAGACGACAAGGAUUCUUUGGACAUCCAUGACAACCCGCCAGUUCCGGAGAACGUUGUCAAAGAAAGCGACAACAUGGUGUAUUUCGUCUAUGACGAGGAGGUGGAGGAGGAGGAGAAGGAGGAGCCGCCGCCCCCAGAGCCAGUCAAACCUGUCAACGACAAGCCCCACAAGUUCAAGGACCACUACUGCAAAAAGCCCAAAUUCUGCGACGUGUGCGCCCGCAUGAUAGUCCUCAACAACAAAUUUGCUCUGAGGUGUAAAAACUGCAAGACCAACAUCCACCACCAGUGCCAGUCCUACGUGGAGUUCCAGAGAUGCUUCGGCAAAAUCCCCCCUGGCUUCAGACGGGCCUACAGCUCUCCUCUCUACAGCAGCCAGCAGAACGCCACCGUGAAGGAGCUUCUGCCGUUCUCACAGUCCAACCGUACUGACCCCGUGUUUGAAACACUGCGCACUGGAGUCAUCAUGGCCAACAAGGAGCGCAAGAAGGGCUCUGAGGACAAGAAGAACAUGAUGAUGAUGAUGAUGGAAGAGGAGGAGAUCCCGCCCAAAAUUGAGGAAGGUGGAGCAGAGGGCGGGAGCGCAGAAGGCGAUAAGAAAGGAGACAAAUCGGCGGCUGACGACAAGAACAAGAAGCCCCAAGCAGGAAAGCUCGGCGUCUUCUCCCAGUCACACUAUUACAUGGCCCUGUAUCGCUUUAAGGCCAUUGAGAAGGAUGAUCUGGACCUCCACCCUGGUGACCGCAUCGCCGUGCUCGACGACUCCAAUGAGGAGUGGUGGCGGGGGAAACUCGGGGAAAAAGCUGGCUUCUUCCCAGCAUCCUACAUCAUCCGGGUGCGAGCCGGGGAACAAGUGUACAAGGUGACCCGCUCCUUCGUCGGGAACAGGGAGAUGGGGCAGAUCACGCUGAAGAAAGACCAGAUUGUGGUCAAAAAGGGGGAGGAGGUGAACGGGUACCUGAAGGUCAGCACCGGACGCAAGCUGGGAUUCUUCCCCGCUGACCUGCUGCAGGAGAUCUGACCCCGCCUUGGUCCAGAACCGGUGCCGCAAAGAGUCGAUGUGAACGCGCAGUAAAUGCGUCCACUUUCUCAACCCGACACUCGGCGUCUUCCGAUUUUUGACCCAGCUAGAGUGGUGACCAAGAGCCCUGAUACAAGAACUGGUGAACAAAGGGGUUUCUCACAAGUGCUGACCAUCUGUUGUGAUCUUCAUGGAAGGGCAAAACACAAAGUGUGCACACUUCCCCCACAUAAAACACCUUUUUUAAAAAUAACUCUUUGAGUUUAACCCUGCCAGAAGAGAUGCUGCAGCUCUCCACUGUGUCACACUCAUUCAUAUGCCAUGUUAUCCUCCUACAAUCAUUAAGUGUUUGACUUUGUACAUCUGUAAACAGAGUGUGUUGACAGACCAUUUUAAGUUUUGUAGUUUAGCAUUGGUUUUACCUCCCUUACCCUCCAUACGCCCGACAGGCUGCGAUUUGUGCCGCUUUCAGACUAUAUUCUCCAUGUUCUUUUUUUUUUUUCCUCCUUGGAUUUUAAUGUCAUGGUUCCCGGCCUGAAAGCUGAGAUGUGGUGUUCUGCAUUUGCUCGUUAUUUUCAGUUUACUGUUUAUAUAUUGUGUUUAAGAUCCAGGGACUUGGGGAGGACGGAAAUGGAUCCAUCCUCACUGUGAGUGACUGGUGUACUGAGAGGUACCAUUACGGUUAUAGGGGUGGGUGUGCACACAUGUUCUUGUACAGUCAGUGAGGCUCUGCAGCCUCUCCCUUGCAGUCCACCCAACAUGUAAUUGAAACUCCACACAAAUCAUGUUCCUGUCUGCAUCGGCAUGCUGCUUGCAGGGAUCGAAUCCCUCAGCGUCCGUUGAGUCUCCCCUGCCACACCCUGGUAUGUUGGGCCGCACCUUUGAAUGCUGUGCCUCACCUUAAUGCACUGAGUCACGCCCUCUCCAGCCCUCUCCAGCCCUCCCAUUGCAUUCUCACCCUAUUAAGCCACACCCUUUCCCAUCAGUCCACGCCCACUGCACACUGCUCCACUGCUCUGUUCCACUGGCCCAACAAACUGUGCACUGUUAAAAUAUUCAUGGUUCAAGUUGAAAGGGGUGUUAGUUUUCCCAGGAUAAAUGAUAAUAAUAAUAAUAAUAAUGCAUUAAUUUAAAGUAAUAUGCCUUUAAAUAAAGUGAUUCUACCAUC